AUGGGGAAUUGGAAGGUGUUGGGCGAAGUCCCAGAUUCGGAUGACGAGGCUCUCUACAGCCAUGAGUCUCGAGCGGAAAGUCAAACCAGAGACGAAUCAGUAACUGGUCUGGCAGGUCAAGAUGAGCCUGGGGAAUCGGCAGACGACAUACGGAGGGUGCCACAUCCAUCGCCACACAAGAACGACCACCACACUCUGACGUCUGUUUCUCCACCCUGCCAGCCAGCGGAGGCAGAUCGAGAACUACCCAUCCCGACGACUCUCCCAUCGUUUGAGGCUCUUGACGUCGAUUCGGAUGACGAAGUAGACAUUAUCUGCGAGGAUGUCCCUGAUAUCGCAGCUUUGGAGAGCAGCCCAUUUCCAGCCACACCCAGGGCUGUACGCAUCCAACGCUCCCAACAAUCUCCGGCAGAUCGGACAGUAGAGCCGGUGACUGCUUUACUGCAACCUCCUUCUUCACCACUGAGUUCCUUGUCCAGCGUGUCUAGCUUGUCAGAUUUGGCCUCUCCGCCUCCCAAAUUACCGACUGCAGACCAUAUUCGCGAGAGUAGCCCAAGCCCGCUGCCUUUGCUUCCAGACUCGCCUCCUAUAUUUCGCCUUGGCUUCGUUAGAUCGCUACGCCGACGGAAACCUAUUCAGGAGCAUCCCUACCUUUUGGAAGAUGCUCGGUACGCUCGAGUUAUGAAAGCCCAUGGCCUGAAACCGGUUCGAACUACGUACAACACCACUCAAGAUGGGGAUCCCGCACAAGAGGAGUCACAAGAAAAAGAGUUUGCAGUUGGGGCCAGUCAGGGGCCAGAUCGAAUUAAUUCCAUACCAGCCGAGGACACACAAAUUGAGCUGCAAAACAGCCCUGUGGGCCUUGGUGAAGUUGUUAGAUGGACGCCAUCGCCGAGGACGUCAACGCCGGCGCGCCAGCUAUUCCCAAGCAGCCGAGGAAGCGUCGAAGAAAGAACAGAUGGCACCAGUCUGUCCGACGAAGACGAGUUUCCUAGUCCUAAAACAUUUGUGCGCCGUCGCCGCCAACGGCUGCAUGCCGAAGGGCUAGCUCAGGAUGAUACGAGGAGAAAACAGUCCAGGGCCGUGGAUCCAGCACUGCGAGAUGCGCCAAAGUCUCCAAGAUGGAUUCCCGUUCGUGUCGAGCUUUCGCCGGCUUCCUCGCCGGAGCAUCAUACCGGUCCCCAUAGAGAGGUUCGGGAUACUGUACCGUCCGUGGCUGGAUAUUUUCCAUCCGGCACGCGUGAUAACUCCGUCAGCAACGUUGUGGAUGUCGAAGAUCUUGAGGGCGAAGCUUUCUAUGAAGCUCUUGGGUCCGCUCCGGAGGAAGAUGCCGAGGAAGGCCAAAAUGGCUCCGAGGGUGCACGCAGAAUCGGUAGAAGAAUACCUGCCUCCUGGUUGAUUUUAGAACAAAGGCGUACUGCCAGCAACACAGAAAGACCCCCCGCAGUUUCACGGCGAGCUGGGUUGCAAAAUGUUGAUCCCUCUCGGAAGGGAGUAGCACUUCCAAAACGGCACAGUCCCGGAACUGCUGCUACGACUGACUUUAUGUUCGAUGACUCUGAUGAUGACGUUGAGAUAAUCGGGGAUCGGCCACAGGUUAUCGAAGCAGUUUCUUGGCUCGAAGAAUCCCUGGAUGAAGCUGAAGGCGAGCGGCGCGAAGCUAAUCAUGUCGCUAACAAUUUCGGUGAUUUGGGAUCGGAUAUGGAAGAAGAAAUUAUUGAUCGGAUGACCUCAGGAACAAAACGGAGAACAUACAGGAAAGGAGGCCAUUCGAAAAAAAGACAGAAGACUGGAUCAAGCCUCUUUAAGGGCACUCCUGGACAGAAAACAAGACAACCAAAGAUCACCAGGAUGCUAGGGCGGUCACAGGCACCUGCAUCCUCCGUCGGGUCUGACCGGCAUUUUCAGAGGACUCAUUCGGCCCCCCAGCGUCACCUUUCCAAACCAACAGCUGGUCGAAGCCGUGCAUUGCUACCUCCGCCUUUGCUCAGCAUCCUUGAUUUGGUCGAGCCUGCGGCACCUGAUUUCAUUCGCAUUGCUGCCCGGACAGCAAGAUCGCGCCCGAAGUUAGGAAAGACGAGCCCUUCUCGGAAGGCCAUCAACCUGGGCAGCCGAGGCGACAACGUCGACGCGUUGUCCGUUCUCCACGAUUGGAAAUCUGGAAAAAUCAGACCGCGGAUACAAUCUGCGCCGAGGGUUGCAAGACAGCCAAAGAAACCACAACCCCUGGAGGAAGUAUCCUUGAAAUAUACAAGACGUGGAGCACACAAACCCAAGGAGGUCACCACUACACGGGUUCCAUCGGAGGGUUCGUUACAGCAUGACGGGAACAAUUCUUCUGCGACUGGCCUUUCCAGGCGAGUCACAGAGACACAAAAACAAGCGACAUCUACGACACAAAAUGGAAAAUCUACGGCGCGGCCAGCGCAGCUUGAGACUCUUUCGCAAAACCGGCUAGGGCGGUCCUACUUCAUUUCCAAGAAAAAGGAACUCGAUGAAAUGUACCGACGAAGGAGAAAAGAUGCACAUAUGCUACCGAAUGUUCGUCUGGAGAGAUUCAUUGAUGGCAGCGCAUCGGUCGACAACGGCAUUACCGACGAUGGAAAUGACUUCCAGGAUGACGUUCAUUUUAUGGACAUCGAUCCCCGAUCGGCAAUAGGGAAAAAAAGUCAAAACGCUUACUCGUGUCAGUCUCGAUUUCGAAAAAGAGAUGCCCCGAAGCUUGUUGAUACGACGGCACCUCGUUUUGUCCACGCUCUAGAUCCCAUUCCUUUGGAAUUGGGACCCGUCAUGGAAGCACAGCCAACCUGUUGCACAGAAAUCAAAACUGACAAGCUGCUUGGUUUGGGCCUUUUUGGCUCCCAGUACUCUCAACAUUUUGAUGUAUUUCCAUUGGACGGUGGCAUCUUUUUGGGUCGUGGUACACUUCUUGGGAGUGGCCGGCUUUCUACGGCUAUAGGGACAGAUCCGACUGAUGAACUGCAUUCAAGAUAUGCCAAGGUAUUCGAGUUCCAGCUAGACGGCCGCAAUCUUACGUGGACCGUCUGGGAUGACAACGCCUCCUCUGAGUUUGGCAUUCUUUUGGACUGGCUAGCCGACAUUCUGCAUCCAAACAAUACUACACCGGAAAGCCAAACAGGGCAGAAUGUCAGCGAAGCGGUCAACUUUGUCCUCGACUUCAUCCAGAGAGUCAUAUCUGUGUCAGACGUCUCGGAAGAAACACAACACUCGUUUAUAAUGAGAAGCUUUGAUGUCCUAUCCUCCUUUGCUGGACGACUGGAUGCUGCCACAUCGCAACACGAAAUCCGGGCAACCGACCGAGGGAUCAAGAACAACCUGGUUGCCUUGUCGGGCACUGUGUUGAUGGCUAUCUGGAUGCUGAGGAUUUGCCGAGAUUCACCUACAUGCUUGGCAGUGUCUUUCGACGUAGAGGAGCUGCUGAAACGGAUCGCCAAGAUCUCCAUCAGACUUUUGUUGAAGUGUGGACUCGAGAGUAUUCGCUCCGCGUAUGACGACUUCCAGCAGCCACUGUUCCAGGGGAGAGAAAUCCGCGGCGAUAUGCAGACACUAGUUUCCUGGGCUAUCUUGAUGCAGAGUCUCGGCUAUGCCAGAAUUCCCAAGGCGGGUUUCUGGGACAUGACCUACUCAGUCAUGCUUGACGGCUCCUCUCUGAGAACAUGCACGGAUGCUAAAUAUAUGGAGCGUAUGUGGGAAGCCAUGUUCACGCUCUUGCCGCUUGGAGAGUUUGAUAGUUUUGGCGUUGUUCAGUCCGGGCUGAGGCAUCUUGUUUCUCUCGAUGGCUGGACGUUACCUCGGGAGGCCCUGAACCGCGUCUUCCAGGUGUACAAGGAAAAUACCCGACAGUCUCCCAGCUUCAAUGCCUAUUGCCGUGCUCUGCUUGGGCGCUGCCACCUCUUAGUAAAGGAAUGGGGCUGGCAGCGUUGCAGCAGUAUUGUCGGUGUCAUAUUCGACUUUUUCGGACAGCAAGACUUUGCGCAUUUGCGAAACGAAGAGGCACAUGCGUCUCCCCGAUUUCUGGAAGAGCUAGCGGACUCCCCUUCUCUUGACCUCACCCCUGACGAUAAAUGCUUCCAUAUUUUUAUCAAGAUGCUUGGACUUGUCAUAUUGCGACUCCGAAGACUGGAUCUCACCAAUGAGCUUCGAAACCUCAUCACGCGAACGCUGCCCAACCACAACCGGCAAUACCUCAAGGAACAAGACAUCCAUUCGGGCGAGCUUGCAGCGUUACGGAAUCAUCACGACCUUCUAUGCACGCUAUUUUGGGCGGCGCCACCGGAGCUUCGUCCAGGUGUUCACUUGAUCGAGAAGCUGGUAAUGCCGGGGAGUUCGCACAAAGAAGCUUGCAUCAUCAAUAUUAGGGCAUGGAACCAACUCGCUCGUUUUGUGGUCGCAAAUGGAGAGGACUACAACAUCUACAAAGGGUUUGCCUCGUGGAUGAACAGUAUCUUCCAGCAGGUCCUUGAGCAGUUCCUCUCUGUCGAGGCAGACAUGCAGAAGCAGCUCCUGAGACUCUCAGAGAACAUGAUGCUUGGCAUCAGUCCGCACAUCGUUAAAGCCAUGGCAGCCAAAAACAGAGCGGCGUCCCUGGAUGUUCUGCACAUGUGUAUAACCGCGUCCCUGGAUGUCCUCAAGCACACAAAGUCGCUCGAGAUGGCGACCUACUGUUUCAGCAGCAUCCAGCUGGAGGCGAUCUUCACCAAGAUCGACCUACAACUGUCGGGAUCCGACUGGGGUGUACUCCAGACCGCUCUUGAUACAGUAUCGCACUAUUUGGACAGAGUCGAGAAAGCGAUGGACGAGCAGUACUCGAGUUCCUUGGACGAUGUUGAUGCGCAUGCGACGGAGGAGGCUGUCAUGAUGCUUGACCACAAGCUGGCAAAGAGUCUCUUUCAUCUGAAUAGUUCCGUCACUCGCAUGCCGUUGGACGGCACGUGUCUGGCAUCCAGAUCUCGCGUGGACUGCACAGAGAAGUGCGUAGCACUCUCAGCACGGCUUGCAAGUCGCUUUAUCCAUUCAGGCGUGUACCGGCUGUCCCUUUUUUUCGGCUCUGGAGACCGCAGCCUGUUCGAGCGGCUGCCACAUGCGCCAGGUCUCGCCCAAAGAAAGUUUCUUCCUCUAUUCCUGGCAGCUAUGGUUCAAAACAACGUGUUUGAUUUCAAAGAUAUCGGAAGCAGCAUAUUGGAGCUCUGGUUGCUGGCCAUUGUCAAGCCGGAACGGUUUCUAGCAUACGAGAUUCGCCUGGCAGAAACACUGAAGCGGCACGAUGUGCCGUAUCUGAGAAAAGCAUUCGUCCCUACGAACGGUCAGCUGCCCAGCUACGACACAAAUCGGGCGUUUUUUGCCUGUGCACUCUCUUCGAUGCGACUGUCUCUACAGGAAGCAGAAGCUGCGAGACGCCAGCAGCUUCGGAGCGACUUUGCGAGGGCGCUGAAGUUGGUGAUGCGGCAGAUGAAGGAGGAUCUCAAUUACGGCAAAGCGGAAGCAGCACCGCACGAGAAGUAUGUGGGGUUUGUACGAUGCAUUGUGGCGCUCAUUAAGUCGCACGGUGGCGACAUAUGUCCCCUGGACGAUUUCUUCUACCAGCAGAGCCAGGACUACUCUCCCUCGGUCGAGGACCCGCAACUGCAGACAGCCGGGAUCAUUGCGUAUGGACUGCGGCUCGGAGAGGGUGAGGCUACUGCGGCGCCUCAGCUCUUUCACUAUCUGCACAACAACUUCAACAUUGCGCUUGCCAACAACCAGCUGGGCAAGGAGUGCGAGAUUCUGGAACGUGGCAUGGACAACAACGAGGUGCUGCGGUUCGUGUUGGAACGUCUGCUGCCAGCGAUCAUCCGAGCGACGGGCGACACAUGCGACGCCUGGCCGAUGCUGGCGGUGUACUGCAGCGCAUUGCAGAGUUUGCUGACGCGGUGGGACGUGCCAAAGGAUAUUGGUGACGAGAACAUGGCUGCGGCGAUCGGAGUGAUGGACGAGAUCCUGAACUGGCUUCGGGGCAACUGGCGAGGAGGCAGCAGCUUAAGUGCCGACACAGGUGGCACACGGAUGCUGUCGUGCGUACAGGUGCACGUCAUGGCCCUAUUGACAGCCCUGGCCAACGUGCUGCAACCUGUCCUGAUGACGUGUUCGUACUUGGCUCUCUCGCCGAGCACAAGCACCGGAUUGGACAGGGUGGUGCGCGAGUUCCACAGCUUUGCCACAAGGUCAUCGGAUAUGCUCAAGCGGCGGGCCAACAGCGGGGAAGGGCUUGCAAGCAGAGGUGGCGAGAGAGGCGGCAGCAUCCCGCUUUCUGUGGUACUGGGUGACGACGGAGAGGGCAGCGGUUUCUCUGGGAGGCGGGGCAGCAUGGACGGCUAUGAGACCGGUCUGGACAGCGUGCCAGGAACAGCACAGGUGAACAUGUUUCGCAAGCUGAUCGUCCGUCAUGUGCGCGAGAACUGGGUUGUGGGCGACGGGCAGAUUUCGGUGCGGAAGGCCAGCGCAAGAGCAGGAGGAGCUGGGGAUGGCAGCGUCAACAGUGGUGCAGCAGCAGCGACAGUGGUAGCGGCUGGCACGGCUUAUGGGCCAUGGACGAUGGGGGAGCUUCUGGACGAGCUGCAGCGCCAGCGGGGCCGGCCUCUCGCUCAGGCGUUGAUUGGCGCGUCCGAGCCUGUCACUGGCUCGCUGCUCGGUCACGUGUCAGGCUCGGCAGCGGUGGGAAAAAAGGCUCAGAGCCCGCCCACCUCCCAUUUUUCUGGGCCCUUCUCGCGACGUUAUUUGCUGUCAUUUCACCUUGGGCAGCCUUCCAGCCUGUUCGACCUCGAGGUGGCCAUUGCCGUUGGCCUUUUAAUGGACCGGAAACGGUCCCGUGACCCAGACGAUGAGACCAGCUCGCCGUCUGGGAAGCGGAUGCGUCAAGAGGUUAAGGCUGGGGCCGACGCCUUGUUUGCGACCAGCAACAAUGCCAUGCAGGCUGUAGCUCAUGAGGCUCUUGCCAUAUCCCACGGCGGCGGCGGCUUUUCAGCUAUAAACAGUGCGAAUCGCAAAAUCGUCCCCAGCUCAACCGCCAUUGCCAUAGCCACCGCCACAACCACAGCCACAGUCACAGCCACUGUUAAUGGUGAUAGCAAAGGCAACGGCAACAUGAAUGGCAACGAAGACAGUAACGGUAACAUCACCGGCAACAGUAUCGGAAAUGACAGUAGCGUCAACCGCUUGUCCUUUGAAAGCAUGAGUGAUAUCACCCGCAGCUUCAAAAACGCGGUUGACAAGGCCUGGGACUGUCGGUCGCCGACAUAUGCCGGCGUCCACGUCCUCCUGAUCUACUGGGAUGAGGAUGACGAGGCUGUCAAGGAUGCAGCUGCCCAGCUUGAAUCUGUCUUCCGCACCACGUACCACUUCGAUACAGACAUCUUCUCCAUUCAGUCCGCUGUCUCCUGCGACAUGUUGUAUGCAAAGGUCGAGACGUUCUUUGCCAGCAACAGCUCUCCGGGUGACCUGGCCAUACUGUACUAUGCCGGCGAAAUCGAGGCUAACCGCCUGGUCGGCGAGGCUCCAGUCUGGACUCCACGAGGACAAAUCGGCACGGCCAGCAUCGAGUCGAAACCUAUCCAGGCUGCCUGCGAAAGUGCCAGCUGCGAUGUUCUUCUGCUCUUUGAUUUCUGCAAUGCCUAUCACUACCCUCUAACCAAGGCAAGCUACGGCACUGCGCGUCGGAACGUCGUCGAGGUGCUCGAUGCCCCCACCUUUGACCUGGACUCAAGCUCCAUCUCCUUCACCAUGGCGCUGGCCGAGGAACUGUCUGCUGACGCCCUUGGAGGCCCUAUCUCGGUGGAGGCCAUAAAGGUGCAGGUCUCUGACCGUAUGACCGUUUCGAAACCUCGAGGGCGUGGACGGCCUCCAAAGGAUCCGCAGGCAAAGCCUCCCUGUGAUCAGCUGCACCUUCCAAAACACUACUUUCUCUUCCAGAGACGCAGUAUCGUCUUGACUCCUUUGCCAGCGGAGCCUCAGAUUAUCUUGUGUCUCCGAGUAAGAGGCAUCCUUGAUGUUAAUGAAUGGGGAAAGUGGAUUUACAACGCCGCUCCGGAAGCUCGCGAUGCUGUCAAGAUCGAGGGUCUUCAUUCUGGCUUCUCGACCAUUAUAGUCUUGCGGGUGCCUGUAUCUGAGUGGAGUCUCUUCUCAGAGUGUCCGGCGGGCUCAUUUGUGGGCUAUACUACUGUCGGCGACAUCGAUUCUGGUACUCUGGAAAAGAUUGACAAAGAUUUAGCUUCAAAGCUGUGGUUCGAGGAGGCGCCACCAACGCGGAUACAGCCGCCAGAAGCACUUACCCCUGUCCCUAUAAUAGACGCGACCGACCCAGGCAUCGCAACGACUACAUCGAUCCCUAGAGCAGUCGGCUCAGCAUCACCGGCCACUCCAGUCGACGGUGACAUGGAUAGCACUUUCACGUCGCGUACAGGUCAGAAACGAGCCCGAAAAGCAUUGCCGACGGAAAGAAAGAUUCUGCCCUCUGAGCCGUCUCCAGCUUCGCUCCGCAAAAGGGAGUACGCGCCAGGCGACGAGCGCAAGGCAAAGGAUUACCAGCUUCCGCACCACGGCCAAAUCUACUCGCAGCAAAAGCAGCAUGGGCAUGCGGUAGAUGAUGGCGGCCUCGCGGAAAACAACGUCUUGCUCGCAGCGGCACAGAAACCGUUCAAAAUCUCGAUCAAGCUGGCCGGCCAGACACACGUGUGCAAGGAGUGCAAGGCCGGCUUCAAGGAUGGCGACUCUCUGCAGAACCAUGUGCGAAAGCUGCACACGCGCCCUUUCCACUGUGUUUUCCACUGGGCUGGAUGCGAGUCUACUUUCGCUAGCAAAAACGAGUGGAAGCGACAUGUGAUGAGCCAGCAUAUUCUGCUGCAGUACUGGGUUUGCCAGGUUGAGAUGUGCAGCAAGGUGAUUAACAAGGUCAACGGCACGGGAGGCAAUGGGGGCAGCAAUACCGCUCUUGACAGCACCAGUGGCGGCGGCAGCGGGUUCUCUCUGCCCAACGGGGCAAUCUUCAACCGGAAAGACUUGUUCACUCAGCACCUCCGCCGCAUGCACACGCCGCCACAUGUGAAGAAGCUCCUGAAGCAGGCCAAACAGGGAGCCAAAAUGCCGAACCACGCUUCCAUCAUCGAGUGGGAGAACCGGCUGAAAGACUUGCAGCAGGAUGGGCUGAAGCCACGUUGCCGGCUGCCCGACUACAUGGUUUGCCCGGCACAGGGCUGUGGUAUCGACUUUCACGGAAACAAUGCAUGGGACGAUCGGAUGGAGCACGUUGCCCGUCACCUGGAGGCAGCCUCUGCCGGACGGGAGCCUCCAGUGGUCUUUGGCGGAAAGACGGACACGACGCUGACGAACUGGGCCACACGGCUGGAGGUGGGCAUCGCAAAGAGGGUAGGGCCCGAUACGUGGCACCUGGACAACCCGCUGCGGCCAGAGAUCGUGGCCUGGAUGGAAGAUGUGCAUAACCAUGAGCAGCCGGGUGUGGUGCAGACAAAUGCAGGGCGAGAGAUGGAGCCGCCCAUCAGGCGAGAGCGGUCGAGAUCGGUGAUCGAGGUUGCGGAGGAGGGAGGACGACACGACCCGAGCGGACGACGGGUCGAGCAACGGGAAAGCGGCGCUGGUGUGAUUCCAGUGAACUGA